UCCGCUAUGGCGCUGGCAUUGUCACAUCUGUUUCCUUUAGCACUGUGCGUCAGGCGCGGUGUGGUGUGUUCACGGUGUGUUGAGUAGUUUCGAUCGGAUUUAAAACAUAAUAAUGUUCUCGUCCCUGGUAGAUAUGGCGCGGAACUCGCCAUUCCGCGGCCCGAUGACACCCGCCCAGUGUCAAUCCACAGACCUCACACCGGCCAUCGAACAGCCCAGCGGUAUGGCGGCCGCUGCCGUGGUCCAGGGCGACUCCUGCGAGUUCGCCUCCCCCAAAUACUUCGCUCUGUGCGGUCUUGGAGGAAUCCUUUCCUGCGGUAUCACCCACACAGCCGUAGUGCCCCUGGAUCUGGUGAAGUGCCGUCUCCAGGUAGACCCUGACAAGUACAAGAAUGUUGUCAACGGAUUCAAGGUCUCCGUGGCUGAGGAGGGCGUCAGAGGUCUCGCCAAGGGAUGGGCGCCCACCUUCAUCGGAUACUCACUCCAGGGUCUUUGCAAAUUCGGUCUGUAUGAGGUCUUCAAAGUGACUUACAGUGGUCUUCUGGAUGAGGAGACGGCUUACACUUACCGUACCGGAGUAUACCUCGCCGCUUCAGCAUCAGCUGAAUUCUUCGCUGACAUUGCGCUGUCGCCCCUAGAAGCUGCCAAGGUGAGGAUCCAGACGAUGCCUGGUUUCGCCUCCACCCUCCGUGAGGCCUGGCCUAAGAUGGUCCAGAAUGAAGGUUACGGAACAUUCUACAAGGGCCUGGCACCACUAUGGGGUAGACAGAUCCCGUACACCAUGAUGAAGUUCGCCUGCUUCGAGAAGACCCUGGAACUGCUCUACAAGUAUGUGGUCCCCAAGCCCCGUGAACAGUGCACGAAGGGCGAGCAGUUGGUGGUCACCUUCGCUGCUGGAUACAUCGCUGGUGUCUUCUGCGCCAUCGUCUCACACCCUGCUGACACCGUCGUAUCUAAGCUGAACCAGGACAAGACCGCAACAGUAGGUGGUAUCAUGGGCAAGCUCGGCUGGGCCGGAGUAUGGAAGGGUCUUGGCCCCAGGAUCGUCAUGAUCGGUACCCUCACUGCGCUGCAAUGGUUCAUCUAUGACGCUGUCAAGGUAUGGCUCCGUAUGCCACGCCCACCACCAGCGGAGAUGCCCGAAUCCAUGCGCAAACGACUUGAGGCCGAAGAAGCGGCGAAAUCCAAGUGAAUCAACUAGUUUUUAAGUAGUACAUUUACAUUGCGCGCCUUACUCACAAAUAGACAGCUAUUUUAGACCUUAAUGAAUGGAAAUAAAUUACAAAUUUCUUUAGUGAGCCUUUAUCACUAAUAGUCAAGCUAUUUUAGACCUGAGACAUGAGAAUUGAUAACAAUUUGCCUUGGUGAACAGCUGGGGAUGGUUUCCGGAAAGAAAAAUUCGUUAUGAACAUCGCAAUGUAUGAUUUUUCGGUGUCUUAGCGGAUUGAUGAAAUAAAUAUGGCUGUUUUUAUCGACCACUCCUAAACCAUAUCUUAAUUAAAAGUUACUGAGCGUAACCUAAUGUAACCUCUUACUGGUCCUGUUAGGUGACACUUAUAGAUUUGUAAACACAAAAAUAUCUUUAAAUUUCACUCAACGUAGGGGUUAAUUUAGGAGAGGUUGGUGAAGAAUAAGGAAUGUUGGAUAUACCUCGGGUAUGUGACACCCAAGUGAAGUGUAACGCAGUUAACUCGUCGAGUACCGGUUUUGUAGACACAAUUAUAGAACAAUAGGUUGCGGUCACCGGUGACCGCUUGGUGUUUGACAGUUUAAAUAACAAUGUUGUCUUUAAAAUGAUAUUAUUCGAUAUUAUGAUGGUCUUUGGCGCGCGAUGUUAGUUCCAAGAUACACCGCCACAGCAGUAUGUUGUUUUUUUAAUUAAAAAAAAAACGUAGUGACAUAAUGUUAACCAACCUACAUACAGUAUAAUAUAUAAGUAAAAUGAUCAUGUUAAAUUAUUUUUUUUUUGGAAAAUAAAAUAUUUUUAUUUUAAACCUUAA